CAAAACAUAACCAUAUCCUCCGAAAACUUCUCUAUCCACAACUCUCUCCACGAUCCUCUCUCUCGUUCUCCUUCUCUUAAGGAGAAAAUCAAGGAACAGGAACCUCUGGGAAACCCUAAACUUCCAUAUAUCCCAAACCAUAAAAACCCUAAUAAUGUCCUUCAGCGAUCACUCCGGUGGCUCCACGACAGCGUGCGCUGCCUGUAAAUACCAAAGGAAAAAGUGUACAAAGAACUGUCUUCUUGCUCCUUAUUUCCCACAAGAUCGCCCAAAGCAGUUUCUGAACGCUCAUAAACUCUUUGGAGUAAGCAACAUCACCAAGAUGAUCAAAGGAGUCGAAGAAACUCAAAGAGAGAUCGCUAUGCAGAACCUUAUCUACCACGCUAACGCUCGUGCCGCAGAUCCAAUAGGAGGGCUUUACAGGGUUAUGUGUGAUCUUAAGCGCAAAAUCGAGUGUUGUCAAGCUGAGCUUAACUUUACUCAUCAGCAGAUCGCUAUGUGUCGCUCUCUAGCUCAUCAGCAGGAGCAAAGGCAAAGGCAAGAUCUUCCCUUCGGAUGCUAUUCCUACGGAGAACUAUUACAACAAGAAGAUGAAUACGUUAAUGUCGACGGUUAUGGCUUUCAGAAUGUGCAACAACAUCAAGAGAUGCAGCAGCAAGAGAGUCCGAUCAAUUACGAGAUGUUAUUGAAGAUACCCGAACAAACCAGCAACGUUAAGCUUGAAGAGAGAACAACAAUCUCUGAUCAGGAACAAAACAAUCUCCUGAGACAGAUACUCAUGUCGUCGUCGUACAUCAAUUAGAAGUUUUUAGUCCCUUAGUCUUAUGUGUUCACAAAAAAAACCUUAGUUCAGCUUUAGGUUUUCAAGUUUUUCCUUAACAUCUUGCUAUAGGAUUUAUCAUAUUUCUUGUAUCUUCUCAGAAUUUGCAAAGGUAGGAA